AUUUUCGAGUGCCACCACUAUAUCUCGGGAAUCAUUACAUUAUAAAUUUAUACAUAAAUAUAUGCCUAUUGUAUUCGGAGUUUGGAAGACGGGUAGAUUUAUGAUGGCUUCCAUGUCAGACAACGGGAUAGUACUAAAGGAAUAUCAAAAAAAAUUGAAAACAAUGAAAAAGAAAUAUUUUGUUUUAUACAAAGAAACAACAAAUAAGGAAGCAAGAUUGGAAUAUUAUGAUACUGAAAAGAAAUUUAUUCAAAAUGCUGUACCAAAACGCACUAUAUAUGUGAAAAAUUGCUUUAAUAUAAAUCGUCGAAUCGACACGAAACAUAAGUAUGUCUUAGCCUUAUCAUCAAAAGAAGGCGGCUUUGGGAUCGUCUUGAAUUCCGAAGAUGACUUACAAAAAUGGUUACAAAACUUGUUAUCUAUCCAACGAGAAAAUUUAAACGGAACAGAAAACGUUUAUACAUCUUAUGAACAUGUUUGGCAAGUUGUUGUCCAAAAAAAAGGCAUGUCUGUAAGUGUUGGGAUCACCGGAAACUAUCAUUGCUGCCUAACUUCGAAGUCACUAACAUUUAUGUGCAUUGGAGCGGAAAAGUUGCCAAAUGGAGACGAUCGAAUUGUAAAAGUUGAAAUACUUUUAACUACGAUAAGAAGAUGUGGUCAUGCCUCCCCUCAAAACAUUUUCUUUAUGGAACUUGGGCGACAGAGUGUUUUGGGGUCCGGUGAACUUUGGAUGGAAACAGAGGAUGCUGCAAUUGCUAAGCAAAUGCAUGAUCAAAUAUUAAGCGCAAUGUCAGCUAAAACGGAGUCGAAUAUGAAUUUUUUAAAUGUACAAAAAGGCAGUUCUGACUUGAGCAGCGAACCAAUGAGAAAACGAUCUUCAUCGGCAAAUGAGGCGUCCAAGCCCAUUAACGUUUUACAAAAACGUCAACAUCCUAUUGAAACAAGAAGUAGUUUUUCACCACAAUACUUUACUCACAACAGCUAUGGGCGCGAACGAUGUGACAGCUUACCAACUAGAUAUCGGACGUUGAGUGAAUGCAGUAAUCAAACUUACAUUGCAUUGAAGCAUGCGCAGCGAUGUAACACGAUAUCUGGAUCCCGAUCAUAUUUAAUUCAAAGACACAGUGACAGCCCACCAACACAUUCAAUGAAAUGCUCUGAAAGCGAAGAAUCGUCAAUAAGUAUUGACGAUACGUAUGACAAAUCCCUGCUUGAUGCUUAUCGAAUAAACUCAAUAACCUCUAAGGCAAUGAUUCCCGAAGAAAAUAUUGAUGAUGAUUUUUCAGAUAGUAACAGAGUGUCUCGAACAAGUGUUACUGGCCAAAUCCAAGGAUUAAACAAUUUACAAAAUGUUAUCGACAAAGACUCGAAAAUGGAUUUUGCCGACCACUUAUCUGAACUAUUAGUACAAGAUGGCGAUAUUGAUAACCAGUGUGAUCGUCCCAGUCGAGCUUAUUCAAUUGGAAGUAAAGUAGAGCACUUAAAACGGAAUAAGCUUCUUGGAAAUAUAAAUGAAGUAGACAAUACAUCACCGCGGGUUCGAGCGUAUUCGGUUGGAUCAAAGUCAAAUAUACCACGUUGUGAAAUUCAGCGAGGUGUUGUCUCGAAAUUAAAAAAGGGACACGUUCAUAAAGGAAGCAUAUGUAACGUAGAUGGGCAAACAUGCAGUGAAAGGUUUGGAUACAAUUCUUCAAAGGAAAUGAAGUCUACGAGUGCACCUCUUUUAAAUGUAAGAAAUUAUAUUAGUCCAGUACGCAUGAGUGAUUUAAUGGAAAUCGAUUUUUCCAAUGGCACCGCAACAUCCACUACUUCACAACAACAAUUAUCGUUAAACAAUUGUCAAGUACCUAAAAUUGUGCAAACUGAAUCCCAAUUUCAUAAAAGUACUCCUAUCGCAAAUCCAAGUUUAAAUGGAAAUAUCAGGCUUACUGAAAUGCUCAGGCAAAAUGACUUGAUAAAUAAAUUUAGAAUACCUAAAUCAGUAGAAACCUCAGAUAGUGGCUAUUUAGAAAUGAAACCAGUUAGUAUGGUAAACACUUCCUUUAAACAAAUAAGCAUUGAUGAAGACCAGAUUGAAAAGUUGAGGGUGCAAAGUCAAUGCGUCUUAAAAUUGCAGACAAAAGAGGAUGAAGCUAAAAAUGAUAACAUUUGCUCUGAAGAGUCAGAAAAGAGUGCAGAUUUGCCAGAGUCUCAAUAUAAAACAAACUUCAAUUUAAAUAAAUCUGAAAAUAUUGAGAAAUCCCACCCCGAAAGUGAUUUGCAUACCAAAAUGGUAAAAAAGAAAAUGGAAAAUACAUUAUUAAAUUUUGCCUUAGAUAUAAGUAAUGCAACUACAGCUGGAAGAAAGUUGAUACAUUCGAUUAGUAACGAAGACUACACGAAAAAUAUAAGUAAAUCAAAUGCAGCUGAUACAAAAGAUGUCGGCUACCAAAUUCUUCAAAUCAAAAGUGAUAGUUCUCUAAUUUCAAAGAAUAAAAAUCAAAGGCCAUCCUAUAAACCACAAUGUGGUCGACAAUUUCUGCUAGAAGGUGUAAAUAAGGUGGAUAGAAAAGAGCAAAUUUUAAAUACAAACCCUAAAUGUAAUUUGUUAAAUGAAAAAGAUACCAAUACUUUAAAUGAGGAGGCAUUAUCGGAUAGUGUUCUAAAUAAGAAUGAGACUAAACUAUCUUCAGGCGUGUGCGAAUAUGAACUUUAUUAUGCAAGUUUGGACCUUCCACAGAGUAGCGGACAAUUGGCAUCAAAUUGCCUUAAAAAAGUCUCAUGUGAAUCUCCGCCAAUUCCAAUUUGCUUUGAGAACAACAGCUCAUAUGCAAAAAUUGAUUUUGAUCAAUCUGAUUCAUCGUCUGCUUCAUCAAAAAUUUGUAAUAUCUAAAACCUAAUAUAAGUAUAAAUAAA